AUGAGGCGGAUGGGCCCCGAGAGUUUCUUCCAGGGUCCCUUUUCCUUGGAGGAGGUGUCCGUCUCUUUCACGGAGGCAGAAUGGGCCCUGCUGGAUCCGGGACAAAAAGCUCUGUACAGUGAAGUCAUGCUGGAGAACUAUGGGAACGUGGCCUCUCUGGGUCCACGUAAAAUGAUCAAGAGAGUAUAUAAUUAUGUUUUACAAAGGAAACUGGAGGAUGAGGUGGUCAAAUCGGCAAUGAUUAAAUGGGCGAAGAACCUAGAGAAAAACAUUACAAUAAAGAAACAGGGAACAUCUGAAUACUCAGAGACAAGACAUAAAUUCAGUCUCAGUAGUAAUAUUAAGCAGCAUCAGAAAACUCACGCAGAGGAGAAACCUUUUGAAUGCUUGGAAUGUGGAAAGAGAUUUAGUACGAGUGGCAGUCUUCAAAAGCAUCAGAGAACCCACACAGGAGAGAAGCCUUUUGAAUGCUCAGUGUGUGGAAAGAGAUUCAUGUGGAGUGGCAGUCUUCAAUAUCAUAAGAAGACCCACACAGGGGAGAAGCCUUUUGAAUGCUUGGAGUGUGCAAAGAGAUUUAGUACGAGUGGCAGUCUUCAAAAGCACCAGAGAACGCAUGCAGAAGGGAAGCCUUUUGAAUGCUCAGUGUGCGGAAAGAGAUUCAGUCGGAGUGGCAGUCUUCAAUAUCAUCAGAAGACCCACACAGGGGAGAAGCCUUUUGAAUGCUCAGAGUGUGGAAAGAGAUUCAAUCGAAAUGGCCAUCUUGAAACGCAUCAGAGAACCCACACAGGGGAGAAGCCUUUUGAAUGCUGGGAGUGUGGAAAGAGAUUUAGUGCAAGUUAUGCUCUUCAAAAACAUCAGAGAAUCCACACAGGCAAGAAGCCUUUUGAAUGCUUGGAGUGUGGAAAGAGAUUUAUUACGAGUGGCAGUCUUCAGUAUCAUCAGAGAACCCACACAGGGGAGAAGCCUUUUCAAUGCUCAGAGUGUGGAAAGAGAUUCAGUAUGAGUGGCAGUCUUCAGUAUCAUCAGAGAACCCAUACAGGGGAGAAGCCUUUUAAAUGCUCAGAGUGUGGAAAGAGAUUCAGUAAGAGUGGCAGUCUUCAAAGGCAUCAGAGAAUUCACACAGGGGAGAAGCCUUUUGAAUGCUCAGAGUGUGGAAAGAGAUUCAGGCAGAGUGGCAAUCUUCAAAGGCACCAGAGAACCCACACAGGCGAGAAGCCUUUUGAAUGCUUGGAGUGUGGAAAGAGAUUUAUUAUGAGUGGCAGUCUUCAGUAUCAUCAGAGAACCCACACAGGGGAGAAGCCUUUUCAAUGCUCAGAGUGUGGAAAGAGAUUCAGUACGAGUGGCAGUCUUCAGUAUCAUCAGAGAACCCAUACAGGGGAGAAGCCUUUUCAAUGCUCAGAGUGUGGAAAGAGAUUCAGUACGAGUGGCAGUCUUCAGUAUCAUCAGAGAACCCAUACAGGGGAGAAGCCUUUUAAAUGCUCAGAGUGUGGAAAGAGAUUCAGUAAGAGUGGCAGUCUUCAAAGGCAUCAGAGAAUUCACACAGGGGAGAAGCCUUUUCAAUGCUCAGAGUGUGGAAAGAGAUUCAGUACGAGUGGCAAUCUUCAGUAUCAUCAGAGAACCCACACAGGGGAGAAGCCUUUUCAAUGCUCAGAGUGUGGAAAGAGAUUCAGUACGAGUGGCGAUCUUCAAAAGCAUCAGAGAACCCACACAGGGGAGAAGCCUUUUGAAUGCUUGGAGUGUGGAAAGGGAUUUAUGUGGAAUGGCAGUCUUCAAAAGCAUCAGAGUAUCCACACAGGAGAGAAGCCUUUUGAAUGCUCAGAGUGUGGAAAGAAAUUCAUGUGGAGUGGCGGUCUUCAAAAGCAUCAGAGAAUCCACACAGGAGAGAAGCCUUUUGAAUGCUCAGUGUGUGGAAAGAGAUUCAGUCAGCAUGGCAGUCUUCAGUAUCAUCAGAAAACCCACACAGGGGAGAAGCCUUUUGAAUGCUUGGAGUGUGGAAAGAGAUUCAUGUGGAGUGGCAGUCUUCAAGAGCAUCAGAGAAUCCACACAGGAGAGAAGCCUUUUAAAUGCUCAGUGUGUGGAAAGAGAUUCAGUCAGAGUGGCAAUCUUCAAAAGCAUCAGAGAACCCAUACAGGAGAGAAGCCUUUUGAAUGCUCAGUGUGUGGAAAGAGAUUCAAUGAGAGUGGCAGUCUUCAAUAUCAUCAGAAAACCCACACAGGGGAGAAGCCUUUUGAAUGCUUGGAGUGUGGAAAGAGAUUUAGUACGAGUGGCAGUCUUAAAAAGCAUCAUAAAACCCACACAGGGGAGAAGCCCUUUGAAUGCUCAGUGUGUGGAAAGAGAUUCAGUCAGAGUGGCAAUCUUAAAUAUCAUCAGAAAACCCACACAGGGGAGAAGCCUUUUGAAUGUUUGGAGUGUGGAAAGAGAUUUAGUACGAGUGGCCAUCUUCAAAAGCAUCAGAGAACACACACAGGGGAGAAGCCUUUUGAAUGCCCAUGUGGAAAGAGAUUCAGUACGAGUGGCGAGCUUCAAAAGCAUCAGAGAACCCACACAGGGGAGAAGCCUUUUGAAUGCUCAGAUUGUGGAAAGAGAUUCAGUCAGAGUGGAAGUCUUCAAACGCAUCAAAGAACCCACACAGGGGAGAAGCCUUUU